AGUGCGCAUGCGCCCUCAGGGAGGCGGCCAGUGACCCUGAGGCAUUGCCGUCGCGCGGUGCACAGAUAAGACGUCGCGCUUGCGCAGGCGCUCGGCGCAGAGGCCUGCGGGAAGCCAAGAUGGCGCAUAGGGGUUCUCCAGGCUGCAGUUGGCGCCUUAUCAGUAUCUAAGCGGAGUGUUUUGGAAGGAGUUAAGGGGCUGUGGCAAACGCCCUCUCCGCCGUCAUGGCCCGGCAUCGGAAUGUUCGAGGCUAUAACUACGAUGAAGAUUUUGAAGAUGAUGAUCUCUACGGCCAGUCUGUAGAGGAUGAUUAUUGUAUUUCGCCGUCAACAGCUGCUCAGUUUAUUUAUUCACGGCGUGACAAACCUUCCGUUGAGCCUGUGGAAGAAUAUGAUUAUGAAGAUCUGAAAGAAUCUUCCAAUUCUGUUUCGAACCAUCAGCUCAGUGGAUUUGAUCAAGCUCGUCUUUAUUCAUGCCUUGAUCACAUGAGAGAGGUACUUGGAGAUGCUGUGCCAGAUGAAAUAUUAAUUGAAGCAGUUCUGAAGAACAAGUUUGAUGUGCAGAAGGCUUUGUCAGGGGUUCUGGAACAAGAUAGAGUGCAGAGUUUGAAGGACAAGAAUGAGGCAACAGUAUCUACAGGAAAGAUAGCAAAAGGAGUCUUAUUUUCUUCUUCUGAAGUUUCAGCUGAUAAUGUUCAAAGUUCUUAUCCUCAGUCAGCAAAUCAUUUGGAUUAUAGUAGCAAACCCUUUGAUUUUGCUAGCUCAGUAGGAAAAUACGGAUUAUCUCAUAAUUCUUCAGUUCCAACUCACUGUUUACUCCAUAGAAAAAAGAAACUUGACACACGUAAAAGUGAAAAGAAACUAGAAUCAUGUAAGUUAACAAAAGAACUUUCACUAGCUAACCUAAUUCAUGAUAUGUCAAGAGAUUCCUGUGAAAGUCAGCCAUCAGUCAGAUUAUCAUCUACAGACAGUCUGGAAAGUCUGCUUUCAAAGAACCUAGAUGCCGAUUUGUUGAGACCUCAUGCGUCUGAAUGCAUUUCCAAAGAUGAUUCUGCAUUCAAAGAAAUACCAGAUUUAAAGACCAUAAUCAUAAAGGGCACAACACUGAAUAAUUCUUUAUAUAUUCAAAAUAAUUCACUGUCUGAUUUUCAAAACAUUCCAGUACAGGACAGUUUAGGAAGUUCAAAUAAUCCUUUGUACUUAACUAGCUCGUUGGAAAAUAUGACUGUUGAUAAUUUAAAUGCUAGUAAAGAAACUGAAGUUGGAAAUGUUUCUUUAGUUGAACAAAGUGCCAAGAAUCACACUUUUAAAAAUGAUAAUUUGCAGUUUUCUCAGUGUGAAAGUCCAUCCCUAACUGAACUGUUUCAGGAACACAAAGAAAACAAUAUAAGCCAGUGCUUUACUUUAUCUGACCUUUGUAACCAGUCAUCUGCCAGUUUCACAGAUCUAAGUUUGGGAUCCUUUCCCCUGUCACAAUUAGCAAAUCGCUGUCAGUCUUCACCCGGAAUAUCAGAAUUAACAGGAUCUCUGUCAUCAUUGGCAUUUCAUAAAGCUUCUCCCACAAGAGACCUUGAGAAUUUGUCACUUUCUGAAUUGAUUGCAGAAACAAUUGAUGUAGACAACUCUCAGAUUAAGAAAGAGUCCUUUGAGGUCAGUUUAUCUGAAGUGAGGUCUCCUGGAAUAGAUUCAAAUAUUGAUCUUAGUGUCCUUAUAAAAAACCCAGAUUUUGUUCCAAAGCCUAUAGUAGACCCAUCCAUUGCUCCAUCAUCACGAACUAAAGUUCUAAGUUCAAAGCUAGGGAAGAAUUCCAAUUUUGCUAAGGAUAAUAAGAAAAACAACAAAGGCUCUCUGACUAGGAAACCACCUUUUUCUCUCUCUUGGACCAAGGCCCUUGCUGCUAGACCUUCAGCUUUUGCCUCAACACUGUGUCUUCGUUACCCACUGAAAAGCUGCAAGCGACGCACCCUUGACCUCUAUAAGACUUUUCUUUAUAGUAGACAAGUUCAAGAUGUAAAGGACAAAGAAAUAAGUCCACUUGUAGCGAUAACACCAUUUGACUUCAAAUCAGCAUCACCUGAUGACAUUGUAAAAGCUAAUCAAAAAAAAGCAUUUACUAGAGAAUAGUAACAAAAGGAAAACUUGAUUGCUGUUGUAGAGCUUUUUAUUUUUAAUUAAAGUCUUCAGAGGAUCACUUUAUAUUAUGGGAUUCAAAUUCUGAUUUUUAUGAAAAUUGUCGUAGGUCAGUUGAUUAGUUGAUACGUAUUUUUGCACUGAUUUUUUUUUUAACUAUGUCUUCUUUCAGUGAUAACUGGCUUUAUUUAAGUUGGUAACCUAUACUGAGUAUAUGUUUACAAAGUGGAUAUGGAAACUUGAUGUUGUGAAAUCAGACCUCAGAUAUUUUUGUUUGAAGCAUUCAACUUUCUAUGUUUUUUAUAAUGAAAUAUUUUUUUCUAUGAAAUAUUUUUGUGCUUUGUUCUUAAACGAAAAUGCCAGCACUUGGGAUUAUUAUAGUUUAGUGUGAAGAUUAUUCUUAUGUGGCACAGCAUAACUGAGACGUUAUAUUUUAAAAUAUGAUAUAAUUCCUAGUUUCAUUAUUUUUCUGUAAAUACUAAAAUUUUUCUAUUAGAAAAUCUUAAAAUUCCUGACUUUUGAGAGUACUGUGGAGAUUGUUGAAAUACAUUUUUGAUAAUAAUAAAAUGAAAAUCUUUUAAGGGACCAUGUAAAUAUAGAAGUUGGAUUAAUAUGUGAAUUAUUUUUAUACAUUUUUAAAAACCAUUUGUCCUAAGUAUACACUUUAAAAUAAAUAUAUAAAAAGUGUUUUCAAGUAUGGUUGCAUGUUCUUUGAAUGGAGAAUUUUACCAGAUCUCUUUAGCUUCUGCUGCUGCUGCUGCUGCUUUUUUUUCUUUUUUUUUUUUUUUGAGACAGAGUCUCGCUCUGUUGCCCAGGCUGGAGUGCAGUGGCGCGAUCUCUGCUCACUGCAAGCUCCGCCUCCCAGGUUCACGCCAUUCUCCUGCCUCAGCCUCCAGAGUAGCUGGGACUACUGGUGCCCACCACCACACCCGGCUAAUUUUUUUCUUUUUUGUAUUUUUUUUAGUAGAGAUGGGGUUUCACCGUGUUGGCCAGGAUGGUCUCAAUCUCCUGACCUCAUGAUCCGCCCGCCUUGGCCUCCCAAAGUGCUGAGAUUACAGGCGUGAGCCACUGCACCCGGCCUGUUCUUAUUAUUUUUUUUAAGAUGGAGUCUCUCUCUGUCGCCAGGCUGGAGUGCAGUGACGCUCACUGCAGCCUCCGCCUCCCGGGUUCCAGUGAUUCUCCUGACUCAGCCUCCUGAGUAGCUGGGACUACAGGUGCAUGUCACCACACCCAGCUGAUUUUUGUAUUUUUAGUAGAGACGGGGUUUCACCAUGUUGGCCAGGAUAGUCUUGAUCUCUUGACCUUGUGAUCCACUGCCUAGGCCUCCCAAAGUGCAGGGAUUAUAGGUGUGAGCCACCAUGCCCGGCCUAACUUGUUCUUUACAGUAAGUAAUGGAAUGUGGAGUUUUCCUUUUUGCCACUGACAGUUGUGUGCCCCACAGUGACAAAGUUUCAGCAAUGGAGGAUCAAUAGAAGCUUUUCUAAUCAGUAGAAUAAUUAUGUAAUUCAUCCCUUAAAGCAGUGGUUCUCAACUAGCAAUCAGAAUCACUGGAGGAAUUACUUCAGAACACAGAUCCUGUGGCUUCACUCCAUAUAUGCUGAAGCAGUCUCUGUGGAAUGGCAUUUGGGAAUGUGUAUUUUCAAAAUUAUUCCCCAAAAUGUGUAUUUCUGUUUGAGAACCAUUGCCUUAAAGGGAGAAAUCAGUAGAAUGAGUUAUCAAUGCCAAGAAUAACAUCUGACCAACUUGAAUGAAUAAUUUCUAGAAAUCAGGAAUACCAAGGAAAAAUGCUACUUAGGAAUUAAUGGCCCUUUGUGUAAAAUGAUGGAGAUAUUAUUAGUAUUCCUUGGAAAAAUAUAAUACAGUAGUAUCUAAAAUGUUAUUUUAUUAGUUUUUUUGAGACAGAGUCUCACUCUGUUCCCCAGGCUGGAGUGCAGUGGCAUGAUCUCAGCUCACCGCAACCUCCGCCUCUCGGGUUCAAGCGAUUCUCCUGUGUCAGCCCCCCGAGUAGCUGGGAUUACAGGUGCGUGUCACCACACCUGGCUAAUUUUUGUAUUUUUAGUACAGACGGGGUUUCACCACGUUGGCCAGGCUGGUCUCAAACUCCUGACCUCAGAUGAUCCGCCCACCUCGGCCUCCCAAAGUGCUGGGAUUACAAGCGUGAGCCACCACGCCUGGCCAAAUAUUUUUUUUAAUGAAAAUAAAAAGGCUGGUCUUUUCCCAGUAAAUAUUUUUUCUCACUUUACUGUGCAUUUGAUAAUUUUUUGUAUUACUUUUGUUUCUGUUUAUUUUCAGAAUGACAUUCUAAAAUUUUAAUCUGUGUCAUGUUUUUAUAUUCAGUAUUUUGAUGGGAAAAGUUAAGAUGGCAUUAUGUCUUUUUUUUUUUUUAAACCAAACACUUCUUGAUUUCUUGUGUUGUCUUCAGGUUUUUGUUUUUAAUUGAAUGUAUCAGUGCACCAUAAUACUAAUGCUUAGGACAUCAUUUAAAUCACAAGCUAUAUUUUGUGAAUGAUUUUAAAAUUUGAGUUAUCCCAGUGGUUGAGAUUGUUUUUCUAGUCUUGAAUCUUGAUCAAACAUUUUAGUAACUUUGAAUUAGUAUAUGACUGAACUAGAUGUAUAUAUUAGCAGUCUCCAACUUAGGAGUGAAUUAAUUGAAUUAUAAGAGUUUGUAACUGAUGAUAAUUACUGAUAGGUUAAGUGCUGCACAAGUGGUCCACAUUGCACAUGAAUCCCCAAAUACUUAUGUAAUCUACACUGUAGUUGAAUAGCAGCACUAUUGUGUUACCUUCUUUUAUAACAAAGUAAUUUUCAAGUGGAAGUGCAAUACUUUUAAAACCAUAUAGUAGACCUUCUAGGGUGAACUAGGUCUCCAUUUGUUGGCUGAUUAGGGUUGUAACUACUAGGUAUGAGAUUCUUUUGGUGGGGAAAAAAUUAGAUAUUAUAGGGUGGUAAGAGAAGGCAACAAUAUCUUAAAUAGGUUUCCAGGCUUCCUAUUUUCCUUGGCUUGGCUGCUGGUCUGUCAGGCAUGUACAUGACAAGUACUUGCCCUGUUGACUAAGGGAGUGUCACAGUCUCUUUGAGACUGCGAAGGUGGAACUGAGCAGACCUUUCCACCUUCCACCCUUGGCCAUCGAUCCUUGGUAAAAAGCCAAGUGUCUGCUUAUUCAUGAAUACACUCCUUGUGAUGAUUGUUGGCACUAAGUGUAUAUUCUGUACCAGCUGCUGUUUAUUGAUUGCUGUCUUAGUAGCUCAGGUAUGCUACGUGUUUUAGUUGACUUUAUUUUCCAGUUCAGCUGUAAAUUUUAAGAUGCAAAGCUGUUUUUAUUUGCAUUAUUAUCAAGGGCAUUAAUAAUUUACUUUAGGAAUAGAAAUAAUAUUGUAAUUAUAUUCUAAAUGAUAUAAAAUACAUUAUAAACAAUUUUUGCUCUUCACUCUUUUUGGUUUCUUAAAAGAUCUGAUGUUGUUCAUGGAUGGAUGUUUUGUCCUUUUGCAUUCUAAAGUCUUUAGGUGGCUCUUUUGGAUAUGAUUCUUCUUGCAAUAAAUUGCCAAGAACCAGGGUUUCAUUUCUGUACAGAGCACUUUUUAAAACUUUUCCUUUUUAAACUUUUCCUUUUUCCUAGUUACUAAACUGGCAUUUUAACCUCUUUUUCUCCUUUUAGCUUUGAAUCUGUCUUUCUUAAACUUGUCUUUUACUCUUUUUCUUCUCAUAUGUAUUAAUAACUAUAGUCAGUGUUUUAUAUUUAGUUUUUAGUACUCAGUGGGAGGUCACGUAACUAAUUGUCAUACCAGGGAUAAAACUAAUAAGGUGCUCAUUUUUUGUAAGUAAAAGGAACCACUGAAGAUAAAAUACGGUUAUAGAGAAGAAUAAUGAGUUCUCAUAUGAUUAUUUACCUUUUUAAAUUGACCCUGAAUCUGUAUGUGGACCAUUGCAAAUAAACAAGUAUACAUUGUAUGUUGAGAAAGUACUGUGUAUCAACAUGUUUUUUGUGUUCAUGCAGGUAUAUAUUUGGUUAUAAAGUCAGUUUUAUAAUAGUUUAGAAAUUGUUUUAUAUAUAAACAGAUUAUAUAUAAAUGUGGACUAGACAGGGAGGGAUUAAUAUGAAUUUCUAUACUAGUUUUCCUUUACCUAUAUAUUUAUAAUGACAUAAAGCUCAGCUUAUGCAGUUAUACAGUUUUAAUUUUUAGAUUGUAGAAAAUUUGUCACGUUUUGAAAAUAUAUUUUGUAAAAGCUACAUUGAAAGAAAUUAAAAUUCUGAGAUUUUCCUAAAUCAAAUGUAAAAACAUACAAUCUAUCCAUUAGGAUUUUCUAUAUAAACUUGAUAUUUCUGAAUGGUCUUUUACUCAUUUAUGCUGAAAGUACUGUUUUAUUUCUAUAAACAAAUUAAAAAACAAA